AUGCUGUCCAUGUUCCAGAAGUACGUUAUACUUGCGCUCUGCAUUUACCUAUCCCAAGCAGCUCCCGCUUCCGAAGCGGAUGUGCUCGCUUCGCUGAAGCAUAAAAAAAUCUCCUCAGAGGCGCAAAUGCUGAGUGGCGAACAAUUAGUCAAGUAUUUGAAAACGAACCAGAACUUGUUCGAGGCUGAAAUUACACCACACAGCCAGAAUGUAGUGCACAAGCUAAUGGAUUUCAAAUACAUUGAUCAAAAUAGAAUGCCUGUGGCUGGGGACCACGUAGCAGGUAAGCCACGAGGUGGUCAUGCAGUGAAAAUAAUCGGAUGGGGUACCGAACACGGCGUGCCCUACUGGCUCAUUGCUAAUUCGUGGCACAGCGACUGGGGAGAGGACGGUUACUUCCGAAUGGUUCGCGGAAUAAAUGAUUGUGGCAUUGAAACAAACGUUGUCGCCGGGAAAGUCAAACUAUGA